UACAGUUACAUAUGUCCGCGGCUGGUAUAACGCUGACUAUGGGCGGAUAGACGCCAUUUAUGAAACCGAAAGAAUCUAGGUGUAGCUGUAAUGACAGACUGAAAGAAGAGAAAGCGUCCUCGAGAGAACAAAAAACACAAUUUUAUGACAUUACAUUCAGGAAGCUAGUCACUCGCUGGUUAUUUGACGUUUACAUUCACUCGGAUUCCGUCGGUCAAAGACGCGGCCUCGACGUUUCGCGUUUUCCUGUUUACCGAGAGCUCGAGCCGGUGAACUCGAUGGCGCCCGCCAACAUCCAUCAUCAAACGUACACUAUCAUACACUGCCUCUUACAAGAUGAUCACUAUGAAGACUCUAUGAUUGAGCACGACGGUUGUGAAGAUGAAAAUGCGUUUGACGCAGUGAAGAUUGCCUCUAAACUGAGAGAACUGGGUGACGAUUAUGAUGAGAAAUUCAUUCAGCCCCUGAUCAAGAAUGUGCAGGACGCAGCAGCUGAUCAGGUGGUGAGCGCGUUCUCUGAUAGCGUGGACAGUCUGUGUAAGAUGUGGGUUGUAGAGCGAGCAGAAGUGGCUUCAGAGAAGCAGCUCCUCAAGGCUGCUGUCACAGUAGGACUUGUUUUUAAGAAGAAUUGCCCUGAUAUGACCAGCGUCAUUGAGUCGGCCAUGGCGGGAUUUGUCAACAACCGUCUAACCAGCUGGAUUGCUCAGCAGGGUGGUUGGGUGUCUGUUUCUAAAAGCAGCACAUUUUAAAAUGGCUGGAGAUCAUUACGUGAGACUGUUUCUCUGGACUUUUGAUUUAAAAUGCAGGAUGAACAUCUAAGGUGCCAAGAUACUCUUUUACAGACAAUCACAUGACCAGCAAACUGAGGAGCCAUUUGAUCAGCUGACUGUUAUACACGUUUACUCUAAAGCUGUUAUUUAGUUAGUCCGCAUUAGAAUAUUCAAUUGUUUCAGGGAUUCACAGCCAAUGGUACAUUUUAAAAGUCUUGACAAUAGAAUGAUUUCUUUUUCUUGUUA